UUGCAGGAAAAUGCCAAAUUGUCUGCCAGUAGAGCUAAAGUUGAUGCUGCCAAUAAGUUGGACAACCCAAUGGAUUCAUUCACUGUGUUUAAGAAAUUUGAAAGAAAUGGAUUACAUCUAUGUAUAGAAUGUAACAGAGUGACUGAUCUCGAUGAAUCUGUGAUAGAUUGGGCUUUUCAACUCACAAAAUCAAACAUGGAAACUCUGUAUGAGGACAGUGAAUGGGGAUGGAAAGAUAAAGACAAGAGAGAAGAAAUGGUGGAUGAUAAUGCCUGGUAUUUAAUCGUAAGAGAUGAAGGAUAUAAACCUGUGGGUUUCGUACAUUUUAGAUUUGAUAUGGAAUAUGACGAAGAGGUUUUAUAUUGUUAUGAAAUUCAGCUUGAGAAAAACUACAGAAAUAAAGGAUUAGGGAAGUUUUUAAUGCAGAUAUUACAGUUAAUAGCUAAUAAAACUGAAAUGUUAAAGGUGAUGUUAACAGCAUUUAAACAUAAUAAAGAUGGCUUUGAUUUCUUUACUAAAAUUAUGAGCUUCCAAGUAGAUGAGACCUCGCCAGAAGCCUCACUAUAUGAAGAAAGUUAUACUUAUGUGAUAUUAAGCAAAUUAACCAAAGUUGGU